UCUACUACAACCAUUUUUAAAUGUUGUUGCUUUCUUUAAAUGUCUCUCUUAACUCUUAACUAGUUAAGCUUCAAACUUCAUUUUAAAACCCUUGGUAUUCUUUGAUUUGAAGAGUAAAGAAAGUUGAAAAACAAGGAUUCAAAUGAAUAAUAACUGGCUUUCUUUCCCUCUCUCUCCUUCUCAUUCUUCUUUACCACCUAAUGAUCUCCAAGCUACUCAAUAUCAUCACUUUCCUCUUGGUUUAGUCAACCAAAACAUCGAAAACCCUUUCCAAAAUCAUGAUUGGAAUCUGAUGAACGCACAAAGUAGCAAUGAAGUUCCAAAGGUAGCAGAUUUUCUUGGUGUGUGCAAGUCUGAAAAUCAAACAGAUCUUGCUACACCAAAUGAAAUUCAAUCAAACGAUUCAGAUAAUUAUUUGUUUACAAAUAAUAAUCUCAUGCUAAUGCAAAACCAAGUGGUAACAACAACCACGAAUGAGUAUGAUCAAGAAAAGGGUAAUAAUAAUAAUUUGCAAUCGUUAACAUUAUCCAUGGGAAGUGGUAAGGAUUCAACAUGUGAAACUAGUGGUGAUAAUAGUACAAAUAGUGCUGUUGAAGUUGCUGUUCCAAAAAGAACUUCUGAAACCUUUGGACAAAGAACUUCAAUAUAUCGUGGUGUAACAAAACAUAGAUGGACUGGAAGGUAUGAAGCUCACCUUUGGGAUAAUAGCUGUAGAAGAGAAGGACAAUCAAGAAAAGGCCGCCAAGUCUAUUUAGGUGGAUAUGAUAAAGAAGAGAAAGCUGCUAGGUCAUAUGAUUUAGCUGCACUUAAGUAUUGGGGGACAUCCACCACUACUAACUUUCCAGUUAGUAACUAUGAGAAGGAAAUAGAUGAAAUGAAGCACAUGACAAGACAAGAAUUUGUAGCUUCAAUUAGAAGGAAAAGCAGUGGUUUCUCAAGGGGUGCAUCAAUGUACCGUGGAGUUACAAGGCAUCAUCAACAUGGAAGAUGGCAAGCAAGGAUUGGCAGAGUUGCAGGAAACAAAGACCUUUAUUUGGGAACUUUCAGCACGGAAGAAGAAGCUGCAGAAGCAUACGACAUAGCCGCGAUAAAGUUCAGAGGACUUAACGCCGUAACGAACUUCGACAUGAGUCGUUACGACGUUAAAGCCAUUCUAGAAAGCAACACACUCCCAAUAGGAGGAGGUGCUGCAAAGAGACUUAAAGAAGCACAAGCUCUAGAAUCUUCUAGAAAACGUGAAGAAAUGAUUGCACUAAACUCAUCAACUUUCCAAUACGGAACAUCAAGCUCUAGUACUAGUAGAUUACAACCUUACCCUCUAAUGCAACAUCAUCAUCAUCAAUAUGAACAAGUUCAACCAUUGUUAACUUUACAAAACCAUGAAAAUUCCAUUUCUCAACUCCAGAAUGGUUAUUUUCAAACACAGCUUGAGUUACAUCAACAGAGUGGUGGUUCUUCUUCCUACGUUCAUCAAACAUCUCAGAAUAAUAAUAAUAGUAAUAAUAAUAAUAAUAAUAACAAUGGUUUGUUUUAUAACGGUUAUUUUCAGAAUCAUAUUCCAGGUUUAUAUCAGGGAAUGAUGAACAACAUGGAAUCUUCUUCUUCAUCAUCUGUGAUUGGAAAUAGUAAUGUUGGUGGUGGUGGGUCAAGUGGGAUUUAUAAUAACAGUGGAGGGUUAAUUGGUAAUAAUGCAGCGGUUGAGGAGUUUGUGCCGGUGAAAGUUGAUUAUGACAUGCCGGCGGAUGGAGGUUAUGGUGGCUGGACGGCGGCGGCGGAGAACAUGCAGACGUCGAAUACUGCAGAUUUGUUUACAAUGUGGAAUGAUUAUGAAACAAGAGAGAAUUAAAUGAUAAUGUAUGACAAGAAACGUGAAGUUUUGUUUUGUUUUAGUUGUUGUUGUGCUAUCAUGGGUGGUAGUUGAAAACAAUUGAUAGUAGUUGAUUUUCAUUGCUUUGAGUAGGACUCUAAUUAUAUAAAUGUUCAUUGGAUUUUCA